AGUUCCUACAACAAUUUCAGGAAAAAAAAAAAUUUUUAAUUUUUGGUCGGUAGGUCCCUUUCCGUACGCGCCCUCACACAUUAUCUAACAAUAACGUAUUUUCCUACAAAAAUACGUAUACUUCAGACAUUUUAUCAUAUCGUACUGAGAUUGUUUUAUAAGUGUGAAGUUGAUAAAAGUUCCGUUCAAACGUUGAUCACAAGACCAGUAGAGGAGUUCGGUGGUCGAACGUUGAAUUUUUUUGAUUUUAAAACAAGUUCGUGUUUGGAAUAGGUGUAGGUAGUUUUUGAAUGAUUUUUUUUUUUACAAAUUCAUAAUGUGCGAUGAAUGACAAUCUUUCUAUGUUGUUUACGUAUUUAUACCUGUGAUAUUUAAUUUUUGUUCGUGAAAAUAAUGAUUGCGUUAAAGAGCAACAUUUUAUUAAUUUUGUGCAUAAGUAUUCAGAUCUGUUUUUCUGACCUUCCUCAUAAGACUUUCAGUUGUAAAACUGGCGAAUAUAUUGUAAAUGAGGAAUACUGCGAUGGCUAUCCUCAAUGUCCUGAUGGAAGCGAUGAGCCAGACACUUGCAAUUCUUCAAGGAGAGUCUGUGGUCCUGGCAAAUACCUAUGUCCUACAAGUCAACAGUGCGUAGAUGCGGAUCUAAUCUCUGACUUGUACAUUGAGAGAUAUUGCCCAACUGAUGGAAAUAAUUCGCAUUCCCAAGAUACUCCUGGUUUUGUUCUUUUACUUUCGAAAAUUGAGGAUAUUUUCACUAGAGAAACAAUACGAGAGGAAGGAAGGUUUUAUUGUGAUGAUGUCAGUCACGUUUGUAUGAAUGUGCAUCAUGUAUGCGACGGAUAUUGCGAUUGUUAUGAUUGUUCUGACGAAAUUAUAUUUGGUACCGGUCCUGUCGAUCAGGGUGAAUUUUCAAAUUGUACAUCCGAAAGGAGUUUUCUAUGCGAUGAUAACAAGAGGUGCCUGAAUUUAGAGUACGUGUGUGAUGGAUAUUGUAACUGUUUGGAUUGCUCGGACGAGAAUAGCGGAAACGGAUGCUCAGAUUUAGACCACGAGAAGCUCUUCGAUUGUCCUCAUUCUUACUAUCCAACUCCAAGGGGUGCACGUUGUCUCGAGUCAAAGAGUGGCCACAAUCAUGAAAGUAUGCCUUCAAAAAUCGAAGAUCUGAAAAACUGUACCAACGAGUAUAUUUGCGAUCAGGAAUGCUUUCUGUAUGGAAAAAGAGCCAUUUGCUCGUGUUACGAUGAUUACAUUAGAGUACCCAGUGCCGCCGGAAAUGGUUUCAGGUGUCAAAGUAAUGUAUCCUCGCAAGACCUACUUGUUUAUUCGACGACGAGUCAAAUAAAAGUAUUCAAUCUGACUACUGUAAAGGACACCGUCAUAAAAAAGCCAUUGGAAUGUGCUGUUUUAACAGCUGCUCAUGAUUAUAUUUACUACACAACGUACUCGAGUAAUACCAGUAGUAUUUUCAAGCAUUCGCUUUCUUCAAACAACACCAUCGAAAUAAAACUGAACCACUCAUUAGAUUCUCCCAUCAGCUCGAUUGCUGUUGAUUACAUCACAGAAAAUUUAUAUUUCACUACAAAUACUGCACUGUUCGUCUGUUCAAAUAACGCUGAAAAUCGAAUUUGUAUGCAAAUCAAAUGUUGUAAUGUGAAUUAUGUCGCUUUGGCUCCGAGUUAUGGGCUGAUGUUCUACACAAAAGCAAGCUCUCGACCAGGUGAGCGACUGAUCAUGAGGUCCAAUAUGGAUGGAUCAGAUGAAACUAUAUUGGUUGACGGAAGCUUUCGUAUUUCCACUCCUUUAGCAACUGACGAGUCAAUAAGAAGGGUGUAUUGGCUCGACUCGGAAAUUAGAUCUAAAACCAUACUAUCUGCGUCUUUUUACGGUGAUAAAAGCGAAAUUAGAGCAUCAGGAAACCUUGGAAUUCCGGUAUCCAUUACAGCCCUCAAUAGCAGAAUAUUUUUCACAAAGUAUCGGGAUGAUGAAAUUUACAUCUUGGAAAACAAGGAACACUUCGUCAAAUCAAUCAAUGAGGAUGCUGAAGUUACGAAAUAUCCUUCUGAUUUUGAAUCUUCUCCACAACUUACCGGUAUUGAUACAUGCAAUGGUGGUAGUUCACGUCCUGGUGAAUGUCUGUUCGAAAGAGAUCGCACCUUUAGCGUGCUACAGCUCCACGCUUUUAAUCCUACUCAACAGCGUAAUCAUAAGAAGAAGAAUCCUUGUGCACAGCUGAAAACGUCAUGCUCUAGUUUAUGUUUGCUGCGAUCAACCGAUUCGACAAAUGAUCUAGGCUAUUCCUGCCCAUGCAACUCUACUAAUUCGCUGACGAAUCCGUAUUUGUGUGUCAGCUCUACUUCCGGUGUUUUAGUAACAUCAUCGCAAGAAUCUUCAGCUUCUGCGAUAAAUUCUCUCAGUCAAUCCACCUCUUCUGAUCGGAAAGAAACAGAGAAUCAGAAUUCUCACACGGGAUUGCUGAUAUUUGGUGUGAUCGUUCUGGUGGCACUUGUAUUCGGCGGAUACUUUGUGUACGAUAAACGGAAGCAAAAUCGUCAGAACUUCAUUCAGCGUCGUCGUCAUUCUUCUGAUCGAGUGAAUUUGUAUCUCCAAGACGGUUUAUGAGUUGCAUAAGUAUAAGUACAUUGAUUUUCUUAAGUCCUCCUUCUUUUUUUUCAUAUUUUGAAUUGUUGAUUUCCUAAAAUUUUUCUCAAAACGAUGAGUUGAUCUCCCUUGACUUUGUAGAGUAACUAUAAGUAUCUAUUUUUAUUACCUAAUAUUCAUUAUUAUUUUUAUAUAUUAUUUUUUUUAAUGAAAUUGUUUGAAGAAAAUGUAUUUUUUUACCUAGGUGAAUAAAUUUUAUCAAGAGUU